AUGCAUAUUCGCUCGUUUUGUGCACCCCCGCCUCCUUUAAAUCAGGUUCUGGGCGACUAUGUGGAUAACCUCGAGACCAAGCAGCUCAACAUCGGCAUCUGGUCAGGAAAUGUUAUUCUGAACAACCUGAAGCUCAGACGCGAGGCACUCGACAAAUUCAAUCUCCCCAUCGACAUUACCGAAGGUUAUCUUGGCCGCCUGACGCUCUCCAUCCCAUGGAGUGAUCUGACCAACAAGCCUGUCCACAUCAGCAUCGACCAAGUCUAUCUCAUUGCCAAGCCAAAGGCCGAUACCGCAUAUGACGAGGUCCUCGAGGACGAGCGAGCCCAGAAGCUCAAGCAAGACAGGCUCGCGACUGCCGAGAUGGUCGUCGAUGCAAGCUCUGGACCCGGUGAGCAUCUCAUGCAAGAGGACCAAUCGUUCCUGACCCAGUUGACCCAGAAGAUCGUCGACAAUAUCCAAGUCCAAAUCAAAAACAUCCACGUUCGCUUCGAGGACUCGGUCAGCAGCAAGGUCAGAACUCCGUUUGCUGUAGGAAUCACGCUCUCGGAACUAUCCAUCACUUCAACCAACACCGAGUGGGUCCCUGCGUUCAUUCAGUCCGAGAACGGCCUCGUCCACAAGUUGAUGAAGCUUGAGCAGCUGGCUGUCUACUGGAAUACCAAGCUGGAGUCGCUGGAGGGAUAUGACCAAAAGACAGCCAUGCUCUACUUCCUCAGCCAGAUUUCCCACAAGGACGAUUUGACCCAACAUCAGUAUAUCCUCAAGCCCGUCUCGGGUGUCGGCAAGCUCAAAAUGCACAAGAAGUAUGUUCCCGGGAAGCCGUUGUACGAUGCCGACAUCGAAUUCGACAAGUUGGCCUUCAAUCUCGACGACGACCAGUACCACUGUUUGCUGGCGUUGUUGGCUUCAUUUUCGCUGUAUAUCAAAUCGCAAAAGUAUCGCUCUCUCCGUCCCCCGCCCGGGGUCAGACCCAAGGACAAUCCCAGAGCUUGGCUUGAGUAUGCAGGACAAUCCGUCCUCCGAGAGGUCCACGAAAAGCACCGAAAGAUGACCUGGGCAUACUUUGAAGAGCGUCGGGAUGACCGCAAGGAGUACAUUGAGCAUUACAAGAAGAUGAGAAUCGGAUCAAUCACUGCCGAUGAGCGCAUUCGACUCUCAGAUCUGGAGCGCAAGCUUGAUUACACCGACAUCAAGUUCUACCGUACCAUCGCACGUUCGCAGCUCAAGAAAGAACAGAGCCUGGUCAAGCCGGUUGUCGUAGAUCAAGAGAGUGCCCCCACUCCCGCCGCAGCUUCGCAAACCUGGGUCGGCUGGCUGUUUGGCGCAUCGGCGACCGAAGCCAAGGCCGAGGAAGCACCGCAGCUCACCGAGAUUGAUAUGGAGCAGAUCAAGGAGACAAUUGAGUUUGAUCCCGAGAUGACCUUGCCGUCAGACCUGCCCAACGAUGCUGUCUAUUGCAAAAUCAAAUGGCAGCUCGAGUCCGGCUCGUUCACACUGCUUCGGAACGACGAGAAAAUCCGACAAGAGUUGAUCUCUGUUGCCUUCCAGAAGCUUGCGGCAAGCUUGGUCGCUUAUCCCAAAUCAUAUCUGGGCGAGAUGAAGGUCCAAGACAUGACGUCGACGGAUAACACAACCCCAGACAAUCUCUAUUCGUCCAUCAUCAAGCGAUCGCCCAGAGCGUAUACUCUGCUGGAGCUCGGGUUUUGGUCAUCGCGAUCCUUCGCCGUCCAGCUCAUGUGGCAGCGCCAUCAAAUCGAUACCGAACAACCCUUCUUCAACAUGAAAUUUGAGCUCAACCCUCUCGAUGAACGCGCCGACAAAGCCAUCGAGAUCCGCAUGCUCCCCCUCGAGGUCGUUUACAAUCCUGUGGCCAUCAGCGCUCUGGUCUCGUUUUUCACGCCUCCAGAGGAAGACAUCGACACAGCCAAUACGCUGCUGGCUGUUGCUCAAGAUACCUUGCAGGGCAUGGCCUCACAGACUCGUGCCGGCCUGGAAUACCUUCUUGAAACACGCCAGACACUCGAGCUCAAGGUUGAUCUGGAAGCCCCGUACCUCUUUGUUCCGGAAAACUGCACAGACAAGAACGGCUAUGUUCUCUUGGUCAAUAUGGGCCACUUGUACGUCGAAAGCGAUCUUGUUUCCAAAGAGAAGAAGAAGCAGCUGCAGGCCAAGCAAGGCACAAAACUCUCUCCAAAGGACUUGGAGACGCUUCGAUCGCUGCUCUACGAUCGCUUCAAGUGCCAGCUGAAUGACGUCCAGUUCCUCGUUGGAGUCUCGGCCGAGGACUGUCGAGCGCAUGCCCAGAACAGCUUGUGCAGCGAUGUCCACUUUGUCGAGCGCGUUGACAUGGAGUUCUGCUUCGAGAGCUGCAUCAUUCCUGGGCAGAACGACCUGCCCCAAACCAAGAUCUCGGGAAAGCUGCCCAGGCUCCACCUCAACUUUUCUGAUCGAAAGUACAAGGUGGUGAUGCGUCUCCUCGACACCAUCUUUGGAGCCAAGCCGCAGUCAAAGACCUCCUCGCGGUCGGUGUCGCUGCUCAACAUCAAGCCCAUGUCCAUUGACUGGCGCGCCCUGUCCUCGGAUAACAUGGUUGAGGAGGAGUUCUUUGAUGCAGAGGAAAUGCCCAGCGAAGCUACCGGCGCCAAUCAGCCCGACAGAAAGCUGAUCGACUUUCAGUUCGAGAUCACCCACGCCUCUGCCUCGGUGAAAAAGUCCAAUGUGAACCGCAACCUGGAAGACCAGCCUCUGGCCGAUCUUGUGAUCAAGGGCCUGUCUCUCAAGUUUGUUUCUCGGCCAUUUGACAUGAAUCUAGACGUCAACAUCAAGGAGCUGCUGAUCGAGGACAAGCUCCAGCCACAGUCGUCGCCCUUCCCGAACCUGCUCAGCACCUCCAAGCGCGAACAGGAUGGCUUCAUCGAGCACUUUGUUGCGGUGAGCUACGCCAGCGUCAAUCCCAGCUCGCCGUACUACAAGGGCGAGAGCCAGAUAGUUCGCAUCGACUUUGCCAGCGCCGAUUUCGUCCUCACGCGCUCGAGCGUGCUGUCGCUGUACGACUAUAUCCUCACCACCUUUGCGGGCAACAACCGCUCGCCUUCGAGUGAAUCGCUUGGACCGAGCAAGUCUGAGGUCGUGCCGGAUCUCUCGGCCAUCACAAGCGGGCUGGAGGAGGUUGCUCGGCGAACCACCAGCCAGACAGGCGCGCUCAUUGUCAAGAUCCGUGUCAAGGGAUUCAAUGUCAUCAUGAACCAGGACGAGCGGCGCCUGGCAUCGAUUUACUUUGGCUCGGGUCUGCUGGCCGUGACCCUGAAGGACAAUGAGCUGGCGGUCAAGGGCCAGCUUGGCAAAAUGAGUGUCUUUGACGACCUCGAGCACCCCGAUCCGCACUAUCCCUACCGCCAGCUUCUGAGCAUCGAAGGUGACCAGGUGGCCGACUUUGCCUACCAGACCUACAGCCCCAGCUCGCCCACCUAUCCAGGCCACGACCAGUAUCUUCGUCUGCGCACUGGGUCGCUGAAGCUGACGUUUGUGGAAGCGUCGCUCAAUGGUAUUCUGGCUUAUCUACAAGAGUUCCAACGCAUGCAUGUCUACGAAACAGCGCGAAAGGCCGCAAUCGAGACCGCCGUCAAGCAAAUGGAGACCGUUGGCCGAUUCUGCUACGACGUCCAGAUCCAAACCCCGAUCGUCAUCUUGCCGGAUGUCACAUUCAAGACUCGCGAUACGGUGACCAUGUACCUCGGCGCGAUCUCCGCCAAGAACUCGUACACCGAGGCUCUGCCCGGGACCAUAGCGAACCAGCUGGUUGCCAGCGUCAGCUCCAUGCGGCUCGAGUCGAGCUUCAUCUAUGCCGAACACGCCCCCCAGGUCUUGCCCAUCAUCGACAACGUCACCAUUUCCAUCAACCUGGACAGUCUCACAUCCACAAACAAGCGUGUCCCCGACAACAGCAUCUGCGUCGAUGUCUCUGAAGUCAAGCUCAGACUGACGACACAACAAUAUGAGUUCCUGCUGGAUCUGAGCACCUCGGUCAUGCGCUUCCUCGGCUCCGUCUCUGGCAGUGCCCCCGACCAGCAGCUUUCAGCCAAUGAUCGCUCCGUUCCAGCCGCUGAUGGCUCCGAGACAAACCGCAACGCCUCUGCAAAGGCAUCUUUGGAGGCCGUGGUGAAGAUGCCCUCGCUCUUCCUGGAGAUCUUCCACGACACCGACUACAGCCGCCCCGCUGCUGUGUCGCAGACCACGCUGGCACGCUUCUCUGUCGAUCAGCUCUCGCUUCAGUACGCCACCAAGGCAGACUCGUCCAUGGCUGUCGAGCUCCGAGUCAAGUCAAUCUCGCUGGAGGACACCCGACCAGACUCCCAGUCACUCUUCCGCAACGUCAUCCCCGUCUCGGCGGCCGACAAGGACGUGCUCUUGGUCAGCUACGAGGUCAGCUCCGCGGGUCAGAAGAACGUCCUCGUCACGGUGGACUCGCCCAAGUUUAUUCUUGCACUGGACCAUCUCUUUGCGAUGCGCAGCUUCGCCGUGGCGCCAAAGUCGCUGAGCGCUAGUUCGGCUGUGGAAAAGGCUGAGGCCGAGGCUGAGACUGAGGCUGCAGCAAUCGCCGAGGUCCCUGAUCAGGGCCAGUCGCUCACGUACCGCAUCGCGCUGGUGGACAUGGAGAUGACUCUGGUGCAGGACCCCACCGUCGCCCACAGCGAGGCUAUCCUCCUCUGCGGGAAGCAUUUGGUGCUCUCGUACGACACGGUGCUGGUGCUCAGCGUCAAGGAGCUCGGAAUGUUCUUCUGUGCCAUGGACAAGCGCGCAGAGACGACGCUGCGCUUCAUCCAGAACUUUGACCUUGCCCUCAACAUGGACGAGCGCAUCACAUCGCCGGGCCACAAGAUGACCAACCUGAUGAUCAACGUCACGCCUCUUAUUCUUAGAGUAUCUUACAAGGACAUGGCGCUCAUCACCGACAUCAGCAACACGUUCACGAAGCUUUCGACCCAGAGCACAGGCGCCAAGGCGCUUGAUGCGCCUGUUGUGCGUCCAACUACGCCGACCACGCCCCACUAUAUCAUGUGCCGCGAGCGUCUGCAGCUGAUCACCCAGGGCUUUCAUUUGGUUCUGAUCGAUGACUUGACCGACCUCCACUUGCCCAUGUUCGACGCAAGCUUCGACGAUGUGUAUGUGGAGCUGUUUGACUGGUCUUCGAUGCCGCGACUUGACGCCGGGCUUCUGCUGAAGGUCAACUACUUCAACCUCAAGAACUCGCACUGGGAGCCUCUUGUCGAACCGUGGCAGUGCAGUCUCCAUGUGAUGCACCCUGAGAGCAAGCAUCUGUCGGUCGAGUUUGUGUCCCGCAAGAAGCUCGACGUCAAUAUCAGCCACGUCUUUUGCGAGACCGUGAUGAGCACCAUGGCACUGCUCAAGAAGAACCAGGACCGCAAUCUGGCCACAAGACGGGAUAUCCACGCCCCGUACCUGCUCAGAAACCGCACGGGAUAUAGCAUUUUCAUCUGGAGCGAAGCCCAGGCCGACACUUCGGGCACACAAAUCCAUACGCUCGGCAAUAACGACGACAUGCCCUGGCGCUUCGAGGAGUGGCGAGCGACUCGCGAGAGCACCAUGCCGGUGCCAAACAAGCUCUCGGUGCAGAUCAAUGGCCCGUCGUGGGAGAGCCUCAAGAACAUCACGGUCGACACCGAAGGCGUGGUAACGUAUCUGCUGCGGCCCAUGAUCAAUCAGAUCACCCAUCGCUUCGUUUGUGAUGUGCGCCUCAAGGACAAUAUCAAGAUUGUCACCUUCCGCUCGGUCACCGUCGUCCAGAACGAAACCAAUCUCCCACUGGAGCUUAUGGUGGUCAACUCCAAGAAGCAGAUGACCUCAGGCAUCUACAACAUGGAGCCCGGACAGGAGUGCUUCAUCCCGAUCGAGGCUUCGUACUGCGACUCCAUCAUGAUCCGCCCACACGAGGGCUUUGGCUACAAAUGGUCGACCGAGCGGCUGUACUGGCGCGAUCUGCAGCGCGACCGCUUUUUCCCUCUCGUCGAGUGCCCGUCAUACGACGUGUCCACUCCCGUGUUCCGAUUCCAAGUCAACACGAUCUUCCACAGCCGAAGCUCCGGGUAUCCCAUGAUGACGAUCAAGCUCUUGCCGCCGUUCCUGCUCGAGAACCUGCUGCCCUACAACUUCAAGUACGUCAUCGUCGACAAGCACGGCCAGCAGGAGCACCGCGACCAACUGACCCGCGGAGAGGCGGCAUACAUCCACACAGUCAACCCAACGCACGUCCUGGUGUUGGCCAUCGAGAUCCCGGGUACGCCCUAUGGACGAAGCGAGGUCGCUGUCAUUUGCCACAGCGACACGAGCUUCCGCGACGAGACAUUGCAGCUGAGUGACGCCGACGGCCGACAGCUGCGGCUUCGAAUCAAGUACAGCGACAAGCCCGAACGCGGCGGCCGCAAGGUCACGAUCUACAGUCCCUAUGUGCUGAUCAACCAGACAGGUCUGGAUCUGAUCUUUUCUUCGCGAAGUUUGAUGAGCAGCAGCGGUAAUGUAACGUCCACUACUGGGACGUUGGGGCAAGACGGGGAGGGAGGGGGUACAAGACAAGACAGGACGGGGCAGAACAGGGCGGUGCUAGGCUACUCUAGCGGACGGGUGAGCUCGGGGAGCACUUACGUUUAUUCACGAUAA